AUGACAAGAAUCUUAUCUUUACAAGCCUUUGAAAAAUCUAAUCCAACCAAAUCUGUAAACCAAGGGAAGAAGCCCGUUCACGCCCACCACGCUUCAGCUGCUGCUCAACAGCAACAGACGUGCAUUUUGUGUCCAGAGAAACACUACAUUACAAAAUGUCCCACUUAUCAACGCGCGACUGAAGCUCGACGUGUUGAGAUAAUAGCCGAGCACAAGUUAUGUUACAAUUGUCUAGGACAUCAUCGAGCAGCCUUGUGUAAAUCAACGAAAAGAUGUAUCAGAUGUGGGAGAAAACAUCAUACAACGAUUCACGAAGUUAGUUCCAUCACUAAAGAUAAGGAGAACACUUCAAAGCAGCCUCUUCAAGCCCAUUGUGCUACAUCAAGAAAAACUACACCCAACUCUAUCACUCUACUAGCCACAGCUCAGGUCAUCGUAUGUUCAGAUUCUGGAUAUAAUCUGACUGCAAGAGCUUUAGUGGAUCCUGGGUCACAAAUAUCCUUCAUCUCAGCCAGGCUGGUCCAGCAAUUACACUUACCAAAGAAAUCAUCAUAUAUUCCUUUAAUAGGAAUUGGAGCGACCAAAGUUGGAAAGACUCAAGGACUAGUUUCUUGUUCCCUCAGAUCAAAAUCAAAUUCAAUCAAAGUUUGCCAUUUUUCUGCUCAUGUUUUGCCAAAACUGACAGCGUCCAUUCCAAUUAUUGGAACAGAUUAUCAGCAGUGGCCUCACUUAAAGGAGUUGACGUUAGCUGAUCCUACUCAGUCUCCAGGUCCCAUCGAUAUCAUCAUCGGAGCUGAUUAUUACGGACAAAUACUCGAAGAUGGACUCAAGCAAGGACCAGCUAAUACUCCAACUGCUCAGAACACGAUAUUUGGUUGGAUAUUGUUUGGACCAUGUGGCAACCCCAACAUAGAGCCUACAGCACAUCAGAGUUUUCAUACGACCAUCGAUCAAGAGUUGUAUGAUCUAAUUCAUCGUUUUUGGCUGCUAGAUGAAAUACCACAAGUUAAUCAACUACUGUCACCUGAUGAGCAAGCGUGUGAAGAUCAUUAUAAAUCAACUGUACAACGAGACCCCAAUGGUCGCUACAUCGUAAGACUUCCUUUUCAAAGUCCAGCCAACUCUCUUGGACGAUCCAAAGACGCUGCCAACAGGAUGCUUAAUCGAAUAACCAAGAAAAUGGAAACUGAACCCUCUUACAAGGAAGCUUAUACUAAGUUUCUCACGGAAUAUGAAUCAUUGGGACACAUGCAAGCGAUUCCUACCGUUGACCCGGAGCCAGAACCAGUGUAUUAUCUUCCUCAUCAUGGAAUAUUGAGAGGAAGCAGUCUGGCUACCAAAUUUCGCGUUGUGUUUAAUGCAUCAAACAAAACUACGUCUGGAGUUUCAUUAAACGAUCUUCUGCAUACUGGUGCGAAGCUUCAAAGGGAUUUGUUUGAAGUGUUAAUCUGGUUUCGACUCUUCCAAUAUGUCUUCACUUCGGAUAUAGAGAAGAUGUAUCGACAAAUCAAGAUUCAUCCAGACGAUUGGAAUUUUCAAAGGAUUUUAUGGUUAGAUCAUCAAUACCGUAUCAUCCAAUAUCAUUUAACCACUGUAACCUACGGGAUUUCAGCCGCUCCUUUUCUUGCCUUGCGCACUAUCUUACAACUCAUCCGUGAUGAAGGAUCCAAAUACCCCAAGGCGGUUCCAGUGCUACUUUCUGGACGGUACGUUGACGAUGUUCUCGGAGGAGCAGAUACAAUUGAAGAAGCUAAAGAAACAGCGAAGCAAGUCAACGAAUUGUGCAUGGCGGGCGGCUUUCCGUUACAGAAAUGGCUCAGCAACCACAAGGAAGUCCUCCAAAGCAUUGACUCCAGUAAGCAUCUAUUUUCUACCACUGUUUCUCUGAAUCCAGAGUCUGAUAUCCACAUCCUAGGAAUGUCGUGGAAUUCAGUGACAGAUACCUUUCAUUUUCCUGUCUUCAAGCCCGCUGAAAAGGUAUUCACUAAGCGAUCUAUCCUUUCCACGAUUGCUCAUCUGUUUGAUCCAACUGGCUUACUGUCACCAAUCAUGAUCACUGCGAAACUCAUCAUGCAAAAGCUGUGGACCAUUAAGAUAGGCUGGGAUGAUCAAUUACCUUCUUCAAUCGCUAACGAGUGGUUAAUUUUCAUCAAUAGUAUGACUGAAAUUGAAAGUUUAGUCUUUCCCAGAUGGAUUGGUUACGCUAAAAAUCAAUCUAUUCAGAUACACGGAUUUAGUGAUGCUUCUCAACACGCUCUGGCAGCAGCAGUCUACAUCAAAACCACCGACUCCAACGGACAAUCUAGAACGGCUCUUUUAUCGUCUAAAACCAAAGUUGCUCCGUUAAAACGUUUGACUAUUCCACGUUUAGAACUAUCAGCAGCAGUACUUCUUGUAAAACUAAUAACUAAUCUAAUGAGAACCUUGGUUUCAUCCGACGUACAAAUUCAUCUCUGGACCGAUUCAUCAAUAGUUUAUACUUGGAUCAACGCUCAUCCUUCCAAGUGGAAGGAGUUCGUACGUAACCGAGUCUGUUUCAUCCAGGAAGCGAUUCCAGCAGCUAGAUGGCGCUUCAUAUCUGGGAAGGAAAAUCCAGCAGAUUGUGCAACGAGAGGAUUAACUCCUCAACAGUUACUCAGUCAUCCAGAAUGGUGGUACGGACCUAAAUGGUUGAUAGAACCCGAAGAUCAAUGGCCAAGCCUUAAUUUAUCUUCUGUCAAAGCUGCUGAUCAGGAGAUACGAUCAGUACAGGUAGCUACUGGAAUUAUGCGACAGCCCAACAAUUAUUUACUUACUCGUUUCUCCAGUUUCAUCAAAUUAAUCCGCAAAACAGUCAUUUGUAAACGAGUCGCCUCUUAUUGGAGACAACGGAUAAACAGGUUUACUCUAUAUUCCCCAAUUUCACCAGAGGAACUAGAAACUGAAAAAAUCUAUUGGAUAAAACUAGUACAACAAGAGUCCUUCUCCAAAGAGUAUCAACUGCUUCUGAAAAAACAAUCAUUACCAUCUUCCAAUUCCCUGGCCAAAUUAACACCAUUUAUUGACAGUAAAGGUUUAUUACGACUUGGAGGACGGUUACAGAAUUCGACGCUUCCUAUGGAUGCUAAACAUCCAUUAAUCGUCCCAAAGGACUCCCCUUUGGCUAAAAUCAUUAUUGCUGACGCUCAUCAAAAGACCCUUCAUGGAGGAGUUCAAGAUACAUUAACCUACACAAGAAACCACUUCUGGAUACUCAGUGGGCGUUCGCUAGUUAAAUCUAUCGUACUAAAAUGCGCUCGAUGCGCUAGAUAUCGUCAGAAAAGAGCAUGUCAGCUUAUGGGAAGACUACCAAUAGAUAAAGUAACCCCAGCUAGGCCUUUCUUACAUUCAGGAGUAGAUUACGCUGGCCCCCUUAUAAUUCAGACCUGGCGGGGAAAAAGUGCUCGCAAAUAUAAGGCAUAUAUUGCAUUGUUCGUCUGUUUGUCCACUUCCGCUAUUCAUAUUGAGCUUGUUACCAACUACGCUGCUUCUGGAUUCCUCGCUGCCUAUAAGAGAUUCACAGCCAGAAGGGGCAUCUGUGCAACUCUUCGAAGUGAUUGCGGGACCAACUUCAUUGGAGCUAAUUCAGAGCUCAAAGCAAUGUUCUCCGAAUCAUCAAAAGAACUUCAGCAAAUAGCUCAUCUCAUUAGUAACGAUGGUACCAAGUGGAUUUUUAACCCACCUUCCGCUCCUCACUUUGGAGGGAACUGGGAAGCUGGCGUUAAAUCCGUUAAGAGUCAUCUGCUUCGUACGAUUGGAGAGAAUCAUCUCACUUAUGAAGAAAUGACGACUUUAUUAACACAAAUUGAAGCUGUUCUUAAUUCACGACCUAUCGGUCCCAUCUCUGAUGAUCCUGAUGAUCUCUCAGUAUUAACACCUAGUCAUUUCCUCAUUGGAGGACCAUCUACUGUAAUUCCUGAAGCUUCUCUAGAAAACAGAAAAAUCUCAAAGCUCAAUCGAUGGCACCUCAUACGGCAAAUCACAGAAAGCUUCUGGAAUAAAUGGAUGGAGCAGUGUCUUCAAAGAUAUCAAGUCAUCCACAAAUGGAAGACACCUUCAAAUGACAUUCACGAAGGAAGCAUUGUUCUCAUCGCGGACGAAAGAUAUCCUCCUGGUAAAUGGCCUCUCGGACGAGUUCUUACGACACAUCAAGGUGCAGAUAAUCUGAUUAGAGUCGCUGUCAUCAGAACUCAGACUUCUACCAUCACCAGGCCAAUCACCAAACUCUGUCCACUGCCUACAGAUCAAGACUCUCUCUGA